UGAGAAGAGUGUGGUUAGAUUCAUGUGUACUUUCUAUUUCAGAUACUUGUGACAGUAUUUAGAAUUAACACUAUUCCAUUUAUGAUCCUGCUUUAAAAAUAGAAAUGCUUAAAGUGUGAUCACUAAUCUAGCUUAUGAUAAGCAUGAACUGUGUAAAGAUCUAAGGGACGGAUUGAGAGGUAAUAUAUAUUUGAUUGACAACUGAACUAGCUGAAAAAGCAGAGAUGAGUAUUCAUAGUUCCAUCAAAUAUGGUGGACCAUAAUAAGUUUGAGAAAGACAAAUGCCUCCCGUUUAUUUUUCAUUUUCACAUUUUCAUGUGGCAAAGGUGGAAUAGACAAUGACAUUUGUAGUUUGUAUAUGAGUGGCUCAUGGGGGUAUUUUGCCUGCAGAAAUUGCAAAUGGGGAUGAGCAGUUAAAGCUGAUGCAAUACGAAUUGGAAACUAUAAGGAUGGCCAGUAUCCUAUAGACAGCAGAGAAUUUGCUAAAAGAAUAUUCUAUACUGUGUUUAUGGGAUCUGAAAACAGUUCAGAAAUGACAAAGUCCCGAGCUAAGGUGCUGGCUGAUGAAAUAGGUUCAUGGCAUCUUGAUGUUAGCAUUGAUGUCGUUGUGUCUGCAUUUUUGUCGUUAUUCCAGACACUUACAGGAAAACGACCACAGUACAAGGUUGAUGGUGGAUCCAAUAUUGAGAAUUUAAGCUUGCAGAACAUUCAGGCUCGAAUCAGAAUGGUGCUAGCUUUCAUGUUAGCGUCACUCUUGCCUUGGGUUCAUGGCAAACCUGGAUUUUACCUUGUCUUGGGGAGCUCUAAUGUGGAUGAAGGGUUACGUGGUUACUUGACCAAGUAUGAUUGCAGCUCAGCAGAUAUAAAUCCUAUUGGUAGUAUAAGUAAGCAGGACCUUAGGGCAUUCCUGCGAUGGGCUGCCAUCCACCUUGGUUACCCAUCUUUGAAAGAUAUUGAAGCAGCUCCACCCACAGCCGAACUAGAGCCUCAACGUUCUGAUUACAGUCAGCUUGAUGAAGUUGAUAUGGGAAUGACUUACGAGGAACUAUCAGUUUAUGGAAGACUACGGAAAAUUUUCCGUUGUGGUCCAGUUUCCAUGUUCCAGAAUCUAUGCUACAGAUGGGGUGCAAAAUUGACUCCAUCACAAGUAGCUGAAAAAGUAAAAUACUUCUUCAAGUAUUAUUCUAUCAAUCGACACAAAAUGACUGUCUUGACACCUUCCUACCAUGCUGAGAGUUAUUCACCAGAGGAUAAUAGGUUUGAUCUUCGCCAGUUUCUCUACAAUGCAAGAUGGCCAUAUCAAUUUAGGAAAAUUGAUGAACUUGUGAGUGAAUUGGAUGUUAAAGAUGUUAAAGAUUAUGCAGCCAAUGACACAAUGGCAGCUACAUCACAUGGUGUUAGUGGGAUGGGAGUCGCUGCAGCUGGUUCUGGAAAUCCUAAAGCUGGAUUCUAAUCAUAUUCAACCCCUCCCCCUAAUGAAAUAAAUAUAUAAGUUAUAGAUUUCCACAAGGAGGAUUGGGGAAAUUCAUUUUACAUUUCCAAUUUAGCUUUAUUGUGUUAGUGUAAAAUUAUUUUUAAUUAGUAACCAUGUUCCCUCACCGAAUAGAGGAAAAUAAUGAUUAAUGAGAAGAAGAUUUAUU